AUGAGUGAACUUCUGGGUUCUCAAGCCAGUACACUACGUCUCGAGGGCAGACCAGAGUCCUUAUUCACUCCCGUGAGCUCAGUGCGCAAGAAUGCGAGGCUGAUCACCCUCGAAGAGCACGCGGUCACGCCAUUCCCGACUCCCACGAUUUCAACCACGUUUGCAACCUUCCAGGGCGACUUUGUCGCGGGCUUGAAGGACAGACUGGGCAACAUCGAUCUCCGCCUCAAGGUUAUGGACGCGAACAACAUCGGCGCGCAAAUCAUAUCGCUAAACCAGCCGACCGCACAAGCAUUUAUCAAAGUUGAAGAAGCUGUGGAGUUUUGCCAGAAGGCUAACCAGUUUCUGUAUCAGAGCUACUGCCAAAGACACCCUGACCGAUUCUUCGGUUUUGCGACUCUGCCUACUCAGACUGGCCAGGCCGCAGCGACCGAGCUCGAGAGAUGUGUGCAGGAAUAUGGUUUUGUAGGUGCCAUGGUCAAUGGCUUCACAAAUACGACGGAUGAGACGCAAGGCCUGUACCUUGACGAUCCGCAGUUCGAUGCGCUGUGGGAAGUCUCCGAACGAUUGCAGAAGCCCAUCUUCAUCCACCCUCGCGUGCCACUGCAGAGUAAUCUUAAGGUCCUGCACGACAUGCCCAUUUUACAUGGUGCGCCGUAUGGUUUCGCGCGAGAAACAGUCGAGCACAUCCUCCGACUUAUGUACAGCGGCGUCUUUGAUCGUUUCCCGAAAUUGAAGGUCUGUCUAGGCCAUAUGGGCGAAGGGCUAUCGUGGAUUCUACCUAGAACCGAUACCACCUUCAGAAUGUAUAAUCUCGAGGCUCAAGGUCCCAAGAAGAAGAGAUUUCAAGAAUAUUUCCAGGAUAACAUCCUUCCAAAUACGAGUGGCAUGCCACGAACCUCUGCACUGUUGAACCUAAUGGCAGAAGCUAAGAUCUCAAACAUCAUGUUUGCGGUGGACUAUCCGUACGAGUCCAUUGCAGAGAUGCGGGAAUGGUUUGAAAGCGUGCCGAUCUCGGACCAGACGUGGAAAGACAUUGGCUAUCGCAACGCCAUCAGGCUGUUUGGAUUGCCGCUGGAUUACGAUUAG